AUGGUUGCAUCACAUCCAUGCAACGAAUUACUUACGCAAUGCGUUGCUCGAGAUUAUAUUGGUCUUCUCGAUUCACGCUAUGUUCUAACUUAUACAAUAUUUACCGCUUUAUAUAUCUACUUUAUACCAUUAUGUGUUAUUAUUUAUUGCUAUAGUCAAAUACAUUACAAGCUGAAAACAUUCUCCAUAUCAGACGGAAAAGAAAGAAAUAAAAGUGAAAUAGAAUUGACCACACCAAAUAUACCAAAAUUUCGUAAAGCUAAAAUCAAAACAGUACGAAUGACAUGGAGUAUUGUUUCCUUCUUUCUACUUUGUUGGACACCAUAUUAUGCAGCUGCAACAUUGCAUUUCAUUGAUAUCGAUUAUAAGACCGGUAGAUCGCGGAAGAAUAUUAUGAUCCCAUCAAUGUUAUCAAAAAUUUUAUAUAUGUUUGCAACAACAAAUAGCUCAUUUAAUGCAUACGUUUAUGGUUAUUUCACUUUUAAUUUAAUGCGUGAAUUACGAAGUUUGAAAAUAUUCUUUUUAGAGAAAUUUAAAAAAUGA